AUGGGCCCAUCUGCGCAAACGGCCGGUCAAAAGCGCAAAAUUGCGCCUAAUGGACCUACACAGUCCUCGAGUGCGCGUAAACGACAAAAGAACCAAGAUGCUCGAGCUAUUCCUGUCCAGCGCAUGAAUGCCGCCACCUCUGCCAAUGGUGAACUCAAUAUCUCAUCCUUCAUCAAGGCCAGAGAAUUCGAAAUCACCGCUUUGGAGAAAAGCAUGCAGAAGGCAAGGAAGACUCUGACCACAAGAGCAUUCCAACAAGUUCCAAGACAUAUGCGAAGAAGAACUGCCAGUCACAAUGCCAAAAAGGUUCCCAGAAGGUUGAGGAGAAGGGCUGAGCGUGAGAUGAAAGAAGAUAAUACACCUACGGUGACGAGACGCACACGAACACCGUCACGCAAGUUGAGACUACGACUUGAGACCGCGAAGACGAUCAGGAAGCUGAAUAAGACGGCUAAAACUGUACGUCAGAGAAAGAGGGAAGCCAAAUCCAAUGCGAAGCAGUCGGAUCCUGUACAUCACGUCUCGGUUUCACGGAUACCGCGGUUGAAGAAGAAUCAACUUGCGCGGCCUCCGACUGCGACGACCAAAUACAAGAAAAGACAGUUGAAUAAGACGUGGUUGCCUACUCACCUAUGGCACGCCAAACGUGCACAUAUGACUCGACCUACCGAGCCAUUAUGGAGGAUCGCCAUUCCAUUGAGCCCAACUGAGAAAAGUUACAGGCCCAGUCAUCGAGCAGCGGGCACUCACGGAUGUGUAGCGUGGGAUACCAGCUACAUGUCCACCGUGGCAUGUUGGGGGACAGAGACUGCAAUAGAAAGUAUACUUGGAGCAUUCGGCUUCACUCCCCAAGGGCUCUCAGGAUCACUGCUGAAGAGAUGGAGGUCUGGGACAAGAUUCGGAGGAGGCUGGAUAUAUGAGCCAGACAACCACCAACGAGCUAUUGCACCCGUGGUUGUAAUCUGGUGUAUGCAGCCUAAGAACGAAACAGCUGGGGCAAAGAUUGUCGACGCAGCAGAGCAGAUGGAUGUGGACGCGGACGGUCGGCCACAGCCUUCGAAGACUCAAACUCAGACCAAGCGAAAGAAGAAACUUGAUACCCAGAUCUUAAUUCGAAUCCAUCCUUCAGCCUUUCAUCAAUUCUGGCAGGAGCUUCUGAAAAUUGCCAAAAUGCAGAAACCUCAAGUGUUGGUAGAAGAUCUUCGCUUCGAGGUUGGAAGCAUCGAAAUAAAAGGUCCGGGUUCAACAGAAGCUUUACUAGGCGUCCUUCGACCAUUCCCGACGGACACGGAAGCAGAACAGUCCAUCGAAUCCGUGUGGACUUCAUUAGUAGGACUCAGCAAUCCUGGCAUCCUGCCACAAAAUGCCAUUCUCGCACUGGAUGUUGUUGAUCCGAGACUGCGUCAUCCCCCCAAGCAGAUCGAUAUUCCGCAGAGUUCCGACACGAGCCGAAUGGAUGAGAUUCUUGUUUCCUGGCCUCCAGAUGAACAUCUAUCUCGGUCGCGCCUAACAUCACACAAGACGCGCUGGCAAGUGUGCCAUGCAUUGCCGUCGCAAAAGGCCAUCAAUCGACGAAAGUCACUGUCACCGCCUGGCCAGGCUCCGGCACUCUCAACCAAAGAUCCACGCAUCCCAGUGAUACUCCUCGCUGCCAGAGCAGAAGACCGUUCCGCCUCCGAGACCGACAAUUCUCAAGGAACAUGGAUUGUUCUUCUCCCCUGGAAAUGCGUCGAUCCUGUCUGGCGAUCUUUAAUGUACUAUCCCCUCUCCAACGGAGGAACCCCUCGCUUUGGGGGUCUCCAGGAGAAACGGCAAUUGGAAUUUGAGCAGGCAAGACCAUGGUUCCCUGGUGACUUGCCCGGCACCGAGGCUGGCAAGGCUUGGGAGCGCGCCGAAAGCGAAAAGAGAUUCGAUGACUGGAUUCGAAGACCACCGAAACACAGAGUAGCGUGGGAUAAGAUUGACUUAGGCUUGGGAAGGUGUGGAGAGGUUGGAAGAGGCUGGGCCUGUGAUUGGGAGUAUCUAUUUGAAAGCACAGAGGAACUUGUCCAUCAUGAAUCUGCUUCUGGGUCCCAGAAAGCAACGGAUCAUCCCACAGCUACGGAAGCGAAGCCGGCCCUUACACAACGACAACGGAAGGCAAUGAAGGCUCAAGCAGAUGCCGAAGCAAGAAAGGAUGACGAUCCUCUUUGUCGACGCAACACUUCUAGCCCGGAGAGCGAAGGAGAAGAGGAAAACCAGAUACCGACACUCAAUCCAACAACAGAUUACCAGCAACUCUCUCCCACGGCAAGUCUAUCACUUAUGAAGGAUCCAUUAAUUUCCAUUGCCCGUCUCCCUUCAAUUCCAGCAUUAAUGACAAUUCGAAUCACACUCCUUGACAAAGGCACACCCCGUCCAGCAGCCCGCAUCUACCGUCUCCCAUCGAUUCCGAAACGUCCUCCCCCUAAACCUGUGGAGCAAUCUGCAACUGCAAAUGAAAUCUUGCCAUCCACGCCACCACCAGCUCAGAAACCCCGGCCACCAAGCAGUAUCGACAGCUCGCCUUCCUCACCCAGCAAGUCCGCUCGCGAUCUUCGCGCUCGCUGGCUCGCGUUACAACCCCCAUGGAACAAAUCAAACUGGCCUCACAUCGCAUCUAACUAUCGCUACUCAAAGCAGAAGACAAGUCGAUUCGACCUCCCCUGCCAACAACAAGCACACCCGCGCGAAUCACUCGCGAAUAUCAACGUCCUUCCAAAGAACGCUCCCAAGGAAAUCAUCGACAAGUACGGCCCGAACAGCGCCUUUGGACGAGGUGAUGGUGAAAUUCCCAAGGAGCGGCCGGCGCCAAAAACCCAAGCCAAGGGCAAAGGCAAAAAGAAAGGCAAAGGCACAAUAGUCGUGGACUCCAAGAGCGCCGACAAGAAUGUCGCGUACCUCGACCCCAAUGACUACGAGCACACAAACAUCGCGGCCCUCACGAAUCCCUUCGAUUCUCCGUCAGAAUGGUCCAAACAUCCGCCAUGCCCGAAUGCGCACGAUCUCAUAGGCUUCGUUACUUCGGGAGGCUAUAACCUCAGCGAGGGCCGUGGGACUGCUAUUGGGUCGAUCUGGGCGCAACGUGUGCUUGAGUGGUGGAAUAUGCAUGAAAGUCACAAUGACACAGUGGGAGACAGAGAGGGGAAGAGAGAGAGGAUGCUGUGUAUUGUCCGCAACACGGGUGAGAGUAUUGGGAGAUUGGGCAUUUGGGAGGUAUGUGCCUAA